UCACAAUAGAGAAUCCACAGCGGCUGUGGGAAGUUUGUUGCCAGGUGUCUCUGCACUACACGAAGCAGAAGCUCCGACCGGGAUCAGCAGCAGAACUCCGAACCGGCCAGACAGAAGAAGAUGAGCUUCUUAUUCGGAAAUCGUUCGUCUAAGACGUUUAAGCCGAAGAAGAAUAUUCCAGAAGGCUCUCAUCAGUAUGAGCUGCUCAAACACGCCGAAGCCACACUGGGCAGUGGGAACCUGCGUAUGGCCGUCAUGCUUCCUGACGGAGAAGAUCUGAACGAAUGGGUGGCCGUCAACACGGUGGAUUUCUUUAACCAGAUUAACAUGCUGUACGGCACCAUCACGGAUUUCUGCUCUGAGGACAGCUGUCCGGUCAUGUCUGCGGGACCAAAAUACGAGUAUCAUUGGGCAGAUGGGACCAACAUUAAGAAGCCUAUUAAAUGCUCGGCUCCCAAGUACAUUGAUUAUCUGAUGACGUGGGUUCAAGAUCAGCUGGAUGAGGAGACCCUGUUUCCUUCUAAAAUAGGUGUUCCCUUCCCCAAGAACUUCAUGUCUGUGGCCAAAACCAUCCUGAAACGUUUGUUCAGAGUUUAUGCUCAUAUAUAUCAUCAACACUUUGACGCCGUUAUGCAGCUUCAAGAGGAAGCUCACCUCAACACGUCUUUCAAACACUUCAUCUUCUUUGUACAGGAGUUUAACUUGAUUGAUCGUAAGGAGCUGGCGCCUCUUCAAGAGCUCAUUGAGAAACUCACUACAAAAGACAGAUAAACUGAGACGAGGAGAGGAAAAGAAGCUAGCAAUGAAGAAAAACAGUGAUCCUGCUCUCUCUUCUGACUCUCCUUCUAUCUUUUGCUUUGUACAGAUAAUUUUAACCCCGCAGCACUACUAGACAAACCAUAGUGAAGUGAAGGAACGGCACAAUACUAAUAUUUCUAAAAGGAUCAUACUGAUUUUUGCUAUUUGAUGACAACAUAAUGGCAGAAUAACACGGUUGCAUAUGAUUUUAAGCCCUUCACGUUAUUGGUUUAGUUUGGUGACUGAUAGGAAGGGGUUUUAACCUAUGAGAACUGAGCUUAGUACAAACUACAGUGAUUCAGUGCUGUAGCAUUGAUUAGGAGAUUCGCUUUCUUUGACUAGUGUGAAUGUUAAAGGCUGUUUGAUUCUUCAGUGCUGUAAUGCUGACAGCAGCAAGAUGGAGUUAAAUAGCUUAAGUCGAUUUUCCUAUGCAAUAAUGAUCUUGUUGUUUGUCCUCACUGGUGUUAUUGGACAGAACUGUUGUUUCAAGUUCAUAUCAGAGCUUGUUUCGUAAGUAUACAUUUCGUAUUUAAUAUCGGUCACUAUGAAGGUUUAUUUUAGACAGGUUUCGAAUACUGACAUGUGAAUUUUGCAUGCUGGAGGACCCACAUGGCUGAUGGGAAGUGUUGGCCUUGACUUUAUAUCUUAUGCUGUGUGUCAACACAUGCAUAACAUGUAUGACAGCAGCACAGUCUCUGAUAAGAUAUUUGUUUUGCACAAGCCAUGGCUGUUUCAGUUUUCUUUGUUUUCGUAAAGCAUUGAAUUUGUGCAACUGGGUUGCCAAACAUUUCUUAAAUAUUUAAAUCAUGGCGCCCAUUUGAAAUAUACUUAUUCGUACGGUCAAUAUUCAGCACGUUGAUGAGUUACGCUUUACGGUUAUGGUUAGAAAUAUUCAGCAUUCGGUUCUGAUGACUGUGGGUUUUUCUUCUCUACCUCCAUUUUAACCUUUUUCCAUCUCUUUUCUUCUAUUAACACUUUUAUAGUUGUUUAAAAUGCUUAGAUUUAUGUUUGGAUGUUUUGAAGUUAUAUUGUUUCAUGAAUGUAAUAGUUUUACUUCUAAUGGUUUGGGCUAUGCCAUAGUGUAAAAGUGCCAACCGCUAAUUAAUAUCGGACAGAUAUGAAGUAUUUAUAGAGCAUUUUUGUCACUAAAAUGAGAAUAUAUUUUCCCUGAACUGUAAUAUAAUUAGGGUAGGUUAGAUGUGUAAAUACAUGCAUACGAUUUCCUAAUAUUGUUCUAGUUUACAUGAAUAAAACAAUAUCACUGACUGAUGUUAUUUUUGCUGUACAUAGAGCAAAAUAAAACCCUCCUCUUAACAUUU